AUGACGUCCCCUACCAAUGGCGUUCCGCCAGGUAUGGUCGUUGACGACGAGAUACAGAUCGAGAAGAACGCCGGUCUUGUCAUGGCUACUAACAACAGCAGUAUAGUCUCGAAAAGGAGCGUGGAAAAGCUAUACCUCCCAGAACCCCACUUUUUCCGAUAUUUCGUGAAGAAGCCCAUCAGAAGGGCACCAACCAUAAACCGUGGAUACUGGCUACGAAUGCGUGCUAUCGACUGGGUCGUCAAACAAUUUCUCGAGAAGCCCUCGCAACAAGGCAAGGUGGUGAUUAAUCUUGGGUGUGGCUACGACCCACUACCAUUUCAAUGGCUCGCGAGAGAUCCAACGCUAUGCGCAAAUACAAAAUUCAUCGACGUGGAUUACGAACUUCUCAUGGAGACUAAAAGGAAUAUUAUUCGGGAUACAGCCAAGAUAAAAGACCUUCUUCAUCCUCUUAAUGCCGAUGCAAGUGGGAAGGAUCGCUCGAUCUUGUUUGACAGCGAGGAGUACGCAGCUGUUGGUUGCGAUCUGAGGAAUCUGCCUCGACUCGGAAGAUUGCUGCGCAACGUAGUCGAUAUCGAGAACUGCCUUGUGCUGUGCGUUGCAGAGGUAUCAAUUACCUACAUGCAGACCGAAGCAGCUGAUGCUUUGAUAGCUUGGAGCUCGGGCUUGUCCUCAGAUGUCACCUUCUGCUUACUUGAACAGUGUAGCCCUGAUCAGAUGGACAAUCCCUUUACGAUGACGAUGCUUAAGCAUUUCGCUAAGCUAGGAACCCCUCUACGUUCAGUGCUCGAAUACCCAGGUCAACAUACACAGACACAACGAUUCAAGGCAGCAGGCUUUACUCAAAUCGACUACAACAACCUAUGGGAACUCUGGUCAGAUCCUCGAUUCCUUUCUCCUUCUCAGCGUGUUGCGCUUGACCAAGUCGAACCUUUCGAUGAAUGGGAAGAAUUCGCUCUCUUUGCUUCCCAUUACUGUCUGGUUGUAGCACACAACCAGGAAGACCCGUUUCUUGUCGAACGACCACGCUCGAGACGGGAUUCGACCAUUAGUCUUUCGUCUGAUAUUUCGGCCCGAACCUCUUCGCCUCCCAGGCUAGAUAAAGAAUGGUUCGGACUUCACUACAACAAAGAGCCUGGCGACAUGUGCCAGCGACAUCAUGGUUCGGCAUACAUGAUCCCUGAUCAGGACGCUAUUGGAGUACAUGGUGGGGUGGGAACUCGUUCACGACUGGCAACCACGGCUGUUGUAAGACCUAUCACUAACAAGGACGGACCACCUGUUGUACUACCACUAGAAAUUGGAGCUCGUUGUUGUCAUACCAUCACCCCUCUCGAUAGCGGCCAGAAUCUACUAGUGGGCGGACGUGGCUCUCCAACAUCAGUUUACAAAGAUUGUUGGCUUCAGACCGGACAGGUCUGGGAGCGAGUACACGAUCUGCCAGAGCCUCGCUAUCGUCACAGAGUUGUACCAGUUGUCUUGCCUGACAAUAGUAGCGGAGCUAUCUGCUUAGGUGGUAAGAUGGACCCUUGCAUCGUGGCGUCUGAUAUCCUGUUGUGGGAACCUACCAAAGGUUGGCGAGUGUUGCGCGUGAAAGGUCCAGAUCCCGUGCCUCGCUUCGGAGCCCUAUUCUUACGCCUUGGCUAUAAUCAUGGUCUGCUCUCUGGAGGCAUGAGACAAGACGGUGUAAUUUGUCAGGGUCUGUUCCGUUGGAGACUGCGCAUCAGGAACAACGAAAUCGUAUACAUUGACUUUCGCACAUCCAAAGCGCUUGACGCAAGUGCCGGAACAUGGCCAUACUUUGCAAGAUUUGGCCCUUCUUACAGCAUUCAACGGGAUGAGGUGCUGAUGAUUGGUGGCAUUGCAAAGUCUGGUUGCAUACCUAAACCCUACGAGAUCAUGUCGAUGAUCGGCUGCUUUUCCAAUUACAAAGACGCCGAGUCAGAACUACCUCUUAGAGUUGUCUGUGUCAACCCACCCAGAGACCCCAAUUGUCCACGACCCUUUCUUGUGGGACACUCAACCCAUCGAACACGCUCUGGCCUCUCUAUAACGUUAGGAGGUGGCGCUACGUGCUUCAGCUUCGGAAACUACUUCAAUACCGGUAUCUGGAUUCUGUACGACCGCGAAGCUGGGCUUCCUACGGAUUGGACAACGGUACUAUCGAUAGCAGCGUCGAUGCCUACCACAAAAGAGAAGCCUGCUGCUACAAUUAUGGCCAAUCAAGCAGUCUUCGAGAAUGUCCAACAGACUGAGAUCCAGUCUUCGGAGCAAUUUGCAAACGUGGUCAGGUACAACGAACCAAGAUUGCUCAGUAACUUGGACUUUGGACCAUGUGUGCAGAAGUGGUCGCCGCCCUACCUGCAGGACGCCAUCUCUAGCGAGCGUACCGUUGUUGUUCACGAUGCAUGCAAAUCUCGGAUGAACUUCCAACGGAAAGACUUCACAUACAAGAACAUGUCCUGGAGUCAGUUCCUCACGAGACUAGCUGACGAAGACUCUCAUCUGUACUUACGCUCACUUGCAGCAGCUAAUCCCUCCUCAAUGCCGGCUGAUCUUUGGACAGAUUUUCCAGAGAUUGCAGCUGACUUCGUGGUUCCUACCCCACUUGCAGAUGUGAAAGCAGAUAUACAUUCUUCACCACUGAGAAUAUCUAACGACAUCAAUAUGUGGCUACAUUACGAUGUUAUGGCUAACGUACUAUUCCAAAUCCAUGGGCUGAAGAAGUUGAUAUUGUUCCCACCACAAGAUCUACUAAGGCUUCAGUUCCCUCCUGGCUCUACCACGAGUCAGCUAGAACUGUUCAACAGCACACAACGUGGGAAAGAGUACGACUUCUUCGCCCCGCAAAAUACCAGUCCGAUUGUUGCUAUCCUGAAGCCGGGUGAUGCAUUGUUUAUCCCUCCACUGUGGGCUCACACUGGUGUCUCACUACCUGAUCCUCACUUGCCACAUUCAAAGGUCAACAUGACAGGUCCUUUACCCUCACACCUAUCAGAUGGCACGCAUGGAUCUCAAGGCGACGAUUCCACAAGCGCAGCAUCAAACGGCGAACAACCAGUGACAGAGCCAGCAUUCGCUGGAAAUGAAUUUCUCAAUAUCGCGGUAAACAUGUUCUUCCGCAACCUGCCACAGUCUUCGUACGCAGCAGGUCGCGAUGUGUAUGGCAAUCGAGAUCUCGCAUGCUAUGAAGAUGGUCGAAGGAUGGCAGAAAAGCUAGUCAGCAAGUUCAAGAAUAGCCAUCAGCAGGGGUCGCCCUCGGAACGGCUGACAGGUGCUUCUUUGGACUGGAUUCCAAAAGAUAUUAGGAAGAUAUAUCUGUUGCGGAUAGCACGAGAGAUCGAAGAACAAGCUGAAGCGUUAUAA